GGCCGGGCCUACAUCGAKGAUUUAUACAUACAAUAGAUCUUCUCAUAAUAUACUGUUCUUACCAUAUCGCCGCAUAGGUUAGUUAUUCAGAAAGUAAUAGUUAACGAACAAACACGAAUCUAUACUUUUCGCUUUUACUUUCCGUGACCAUUAGCGUUAGAUGUAGUGUAAGGACGUAAGGAAUGGAUGUUAUGGAUACGAGCUGAAACCAAAUUUGUACAAACAGAAUUUUUCAAGAAAUGGAGAUUGCUCCUCUAUCUCUUUCUACCCUCCUUACCUCUCUCAUCCUACUCCUGGCUUACACUUCAAUGAUCAACACCACCCCUGUUGUAGGAUGCUGUCACAAUGAGACAAACCUAAUUGAACUCUGCUGCCAGAAAGGACAAUAUUCAAACAGCAGCUCAUGUUGCAAUUCAUCUGAGUGUAAAAAUCAAAGUACACCAUGUGUUCAUCCCAUACAGCUCCAUAUUGGAGCAUAUGUACGGUAUCUUAACGAAGACAGGUAUGCCGUCAAGAAGGCGAUGGUGAUGGCGAUGGAGAUGAUCAAUAACAACACCGAUAUUCUUCCUGGUCAUGAAAUAGUGCUUCACUUUGGCGAUACUAUCUGGGGCAAUGGAGGCAAAGCAAUUGAGAUAUUAUUCGAUUGGAUUCACAAUCCUCCUACCAAGAUGAUGCUGAUAGGACCAGCAACGACGGCAGCUCUUGAGCCUGUAGCUAAGUCAGUUUCUAGAUGGAACUUACUUGAGAUUACGUAUGCGGCGAUAUCCCCCAAAUUCGGCGAAUCUCUUGAAUACCGGAAUGUUUAUCGGAUGGUUCCAUCCACCAGUUCUCUCAACAUAGCAAAAGUGGCCUUUAUGAAGCACUUUCACUGGAAGCGAGUGGCCAUUAUUCACGCGUAUCAUUCAGAAAUAUUCUCACCGUCUGUAAGAGAACUCCAGAAAAUGUUAGAGAAAGAGAACAUUAGUGCUAUUGCUGUCGAGGGGUUUCAGUAUAGCAGUACUCUUGACACCAGCUUCCAAGUCAAAAAAUUAAAGUCUCUAGACGCUCGUAUCAUUAUCGCGGAAUUUCAGGAUCUCAGUGCACCAACAGUGUUCUGUGAGGCUUACAAACUUAAGAUGUAUGGAGAGAACUACGUCUGGAUCUUGUUUGGUAGAAGUAAUCCCGUUUUCAUUCUCCAGCUUAUGGCGAAAAACAAGAGUACAAUCGACUGUACGGCAGCCGAGAUUAUUGAGUUCAUGGAAGGAAUGAUUGGCAUGGAUUCUUCUGGUCUCARAAAGGACAACGUUACCACUGUUUCAGGACUC